AUGGGUCAUCACACAUAUUCUUCUGCUUCUUUUUCUUUGUCCUUCAUCUUCUUUCUCUUCCUAUCCUUCAUCUCCUUCUCAUUCUCUACACCAAUAUUCGAACCGGUAAAACCUAAACCAAUCGGAUCAUACCUUAAAAGAAAACAACCGGUCUCGGCUAUUUUCGUUUUUGGAGAUUCAACGGUGGAUCCAGGAAAUAACAACUACAUCAAAACAAUAUUCAAGUGUAAUUUCCCGCCUUAUGGACUCGAUUUUAAAAACAGCAUCCCCACCGGUAGAUUUUGCAACGGUCGUCUCGUGACAGAUUUCAUUGGGUCAUACAUCGGAGUCAAGGAGAACGUGCCAGCAUAUUUGGACCCAAAUCUUGGAAUAAAUGAGUUAAUCAGUGGAGUUAGCUUUGCGUCAGCUGGUUCUGGAUUUGACCCUCUCACCCCAACCCUUGGUGUUAGAAUCCAAUCUCUUCUCUCUCUUUUUGAUUUUAGAAAAAAAUAAUACGUAAGAAAAAAACAAGAGUUAUAUUUGGGUCAUUAUGUUACUAUAACCAUAUUGGUGCUAAUGAGACUUCCCAACCUAGAUUUAAGGUCAAACCUAGAUGGAAAAUAAGUUGCAUUGUUUAAGGACCUGAUAUUUGAAAAUUAAUCGAUGCAUGCGGUACUAUUUUUCAACUUUCUUUGAUUUUGAGGCCCUUUUAAAAAAAAAAACUUUCUUUGAUUUUAAAAAGGAGUUACAUUACAUUCCUACUUUUCUAACCCAAUGUUUAAAUGUUCGAGGAUAUAUAUUUAAUAUUCGUAUAUGAAUAAAACCAAUCAUUUAAUCGUCGGCCUUAUUUCAUUAAAUUAUAUUUACAAAAAGGGAAACUGAAACCCCAUUUCUAAAAGACAAUACAGUAAAACCUC